AUGUACCAUCCCACCACGACCAUUGACGACCAAGUCAAGGUCUUUGCCAGGAUUUCAGCCGCACAAAGAUAUGACACAAAUGCCUCAUUCGUUACUGAAUUCGGAUAUUCGCAUACUAGAGGCCUUAAGGUUAUCGACAACGAGCUCAUUUAUUUGAAGCCCCCCAUGCCAAGGAGGGGGAAGGUCCGCCAUACUACAGAGAUCUACUUUCUCUCCCAUCCAUUUUCAAGAAAUCUUCCAUUAUCAACAUGACGCAGCUUUCCGUGCAAGGUGGAAUUUUCAUCCCUCUUGAGGUCGCACAGUAG